AUGGCCAACGUCAACCCUGCCGGCCGCAGCCACUACACCUCUGCCAUCCCAGUGCCCCGUGCCGUGGCCCAUGGCAAACCACAUGCUCCAGCCACCCCGAGCACCCCAGAGCCCCCUGGGGCUCCAUCCCCCCGACCAGGGAAGCUGCUGGCCCCUGGCCCCAAGACCCUCAAGCCCAAAAGCGCUGGCAGAGCCGCCGGCCGUGAGCCGGCCAUAAGCAGGGAGGGCAGCCCCAGCAUGCACCCCCGCGGGGGGCAGAAAGCCCCAGUGAAACCCCUGGUGUCCCCUGGGAAGUGGCCAGAGGCAGCAGGCAGUGGAAGGAGAGGGGCAAGCAGGGUGGGGGAGCCCACUGAGCUGCCCAAAGCCCCCCCAGCGCAGGGCAGGGGUGGGGGGCGACCAGGGGGGUCCACCGGGAGGAGCAGCGGGAUGGCUACAGCUGGGACAGGGGAUGAGGCUCAUGGUGGCUCUCAGGGCAGGGGUCCCGUGUUCGGGUCAGGGGCCAUCACCUUCUCCUCAGGCCCCCCCCACAGCCACCCAGUCACCGCCACCGUGGCACCCUUCCAGUACCGGCUCCAGGAGGAAGCGGAGGAGGAGAGGGCCACAUCCCCGGGUGGCGAGUGCCCCGGUCCUGCAGAGCGACCCGACCCCAAAGCCGGAGGAGGCCUGAGUGAGUCUGGGGGGGUUUGCCAGGGAUGA